AUGGACGAUGCUGCAAGAUCUCGACUGAAAGCAAUUCCUUUGUGUAGAACUAAGGCUGGACCCCGCGAUGGGGAUUUGUGGAUCGAGCGGUUGAAGGAAGAGUAUCAAGCAAUUAUCAAGUUUGUACAAAACAACAAAGAGUCUGAUUCCGAUUGGUUUCGUCUUGAGUCAAGUGCAGAUGGAACCAAAUGGUUUGGCAAAUGUUGGCACUAUCAUAACAUGGUCAAGUAUGAGUUCGACGUGGAGUUCGACAUUCCCAUUACUUACCCUGUUACUGCGCCUGAGAUCGCCUUACCUGAACUGGACGGAAAAACAGCUAAAAAUCGGCAACUUGUCUUAUUCCCUGGGAGCGGUUUGCAGUUUGUCCAAGGCAGAAAUGUAUCGAGGUGGGAAAAUCUGUUUAUCAGAUCAUUUCAAGCCAUUGUGGGCGAGAAACGUUCCGAAGUUCGGUAUUGCACACGCUUUCUCACUCGGACUUGGUCCGUGGUUGGCGGUAGAAAUCCCAGAUUUGAUCGAAAAGGGAGCGAUUACAGCAAAAGCUUAGAUACUGCUCCUCUCACUAUAGUCAAACUAGUUUCUCCUUGGGAAUAA